CGGAGGUUAAGAGCGGGCGGUGGGCGUGAGGCCGGCGCGGCGGCCGUAGGUCCGAGUGUCCGGUGUCCGCGCGAGUCGGCCACUGCGCUUUCUUCCUGCACAAGUGAAGGUGAUUCCAGCUGACAGGGUGCAGUUGCUUCACCUCAUUCCCUCUGGCCUUCUGAAUAGUAAAACUGGCUAUUUCAGUCUCUUGCCAGUGACAUCGUGUAUUCCAGCGAAUGGCAUUGUCCGUCGAGGCACUAGCCACAGAGCUUCCAAGGGCCCAGCAGUGACACGGCGGAUUCAGGCGUGGUGUGCAGCCUGCUGGGUGGGUCACGAGCUGCCACCAUGCCUCCGGGCAGGUGGCACGCCGCCCGCCCGGCCCAGGCCCAGGCUCAGGCUCUGCGGGAGCGGGGCCGACUGCAAGUGGUCAAGAAGGAAGACGACGACGACGGCUUCGCGUCCAUGCAGGCUGCCAGGCCACAGACGCUCAAUCGGCCCGGCCAGGAGCUGUUCCGCCAGCUCUUCCGGCAGCUUCGCUACCACGAGUCCUCCGGGCCCGUGGAGACUCUGAGCCGGCUCCGGGAGCUCUGCCGCUGGUGGCUGCGGCCCGAUGUGCUCUCCAAGGCCCAGAUCCUGGAGCUGCUGGUGCUGGAGCAGUUCCUGAGCAUCCUGCCCGGGGAGCUGCGCACCUGGGUGCAGCUGCAUCACCCCGAGAGCGGCGAGGAGGCCGUGGCCCUGCUGGAGGAGCUGCAGAGGGACCUUGAUGGGACCCCACUGAGGGACCCCGCCCCUGCCCAGAGCCCAGAUGUGCGUUGGAUGGGGACAGGAGCCCUGCAGGCGGCACAGGUCUGGCCCUCUGCCUCACCUCUCAGGAGCAGCUCCGCUCGGGGGGACCACCAGGAGCCUCUCUCUGAAACGGGGAUGCACGACUUCCCGGCUGGACCGUCUGAGCCUCCUGCUGCUCAGGUGCCUGCCCUGUUCCAGAUAGAAGGGAGCCCCGAGGAGCAGGAGGCUCUGACAUUUAAGGAUGUGGCGGUGACCUUCUCCCAGGAUGAGUGGGGGUGGCUGAGCCCGGCCCAGAGGAACCUGUACAAGGAUGUGAUGCUGGAGAAUUACAGGAAUGUGACUCCUUUGGUGGGACCAUGCACCAAGCCUGCUCUCAUCUCCUGGUUGGAAGCAAGAGAGCCAUGGGGCCUGAAAGCCCAGGUUGCUCAGCCGAAGGACAGUCCAGCUGCUUCCUCUGCAGGUGAGCUUCAGAUCGAAGCCAACAAGUCUGUCUUAAAGCAUGCACCCGUGGAAGAAGCAGAAACACCAGGGGUGCCCUCAAGAUGUCCUGCAGCAGGAGUUUCUGAGGAGAAAGGACUCACAGUGUCUUUUGACCAGAAAAGGAGAUUAAAGGAGCCAGUCGAAAACCCCGUUCAGGUGAGCGUCAAGAAAGAAGAUGCCGGUUUCAGCCAGGAGACAGGAAAAGAAGCUGAAGAAUUAGGAAUAAGCAAUAAUCUUAAUCUAAAAUAUGUUACAUACGUGAGAGUUCCCAGGAGAAAGAGAUCCCUCAAGCACGGUUUGAGCGGCAGGCACUUCAGAGGGAGUUCAUACCACUACGACCACAAGGAGUUUGGGAAGGGGUUUCGACGCGUGAUCAGCACUUUCAGCCUACACCCGAGAAUCUUUGCUGGCCUGAAAGGGAGUGCAAAGGAUGCAUGUGGGAAAAACUUCAGCCUCAGUGCUCAUCACCAGCUGGGGCAGACACUGCACAGAAUGGGGACGUUGUAUAAAUGCAGUGACUGUGGCAGGACCUUCAGCUGUAGCUCCUACCUUGCUUGCCACCAGCGACUCCACACUCAGGAGAAGCCCUUCAAAUGUCGGGUGUGCGGAAAGGCCUUCAGGUGGAGCUCAAACUGUGUGCGGCACGAGAAAAUUCACACUGGAGUCAAACCUUAUAAAUGCAGUUUCUGCGACAAGGCGUUCCAGCGCUUGUCUGCCUACCGCCUGCACCAGGAAACCCAUGCUAAGCAGAAAUUUCUAGACUGCAAUAAGUAUGAGGAAGCUCUCACCUAUGGUCCCUUGUUCCUUCAUCAUUUGAGGGACCAGACUGGGGAGAAACUCUUUGACUGUAACCAAUGUAGAAAGUCCUUCCACUGUAAGUCCUAUGUACUUGAACAUCAAAGGAUUCACACCCAGGAAAAGCCCUAUAAGUGCUCCAAAUGUAGAAAAACCUUCCGGUGGAGGUCAAACUUUACGCGUCACAUGAGACUACACCACGAAGAAAAGUUCUAUCAAGAUCAGGAGCCCCACAGAGAAGAAGAGUUGCAUCAGGAUCAAGAAGAGUAUGGGGAAGACUUCAGGCAGCCCUCCAGCUACAGCCAGCCCCAGAAUGCCCCCACGGAGGACAAGGCUUUUCUGUGUCAGCAGUGUGGGAAAACUUUUAUUCGAAAGAAGUCUCUUAUUAAUCAUCAGAAAACUCACACAGGUGAGAAAUCAUACCAGUGCAGUGAAUGUACAAAGGAGUUCACUCAUAGGUCAGCUUUUGUUUUUCACAAGAAGCAGCAUGCCAUGGAGAGGAAAUCCGAGGACGAACCGUCUUUCAGUCAGGACACAUCAUUCCAAGCUCCCCAGAGCAGUCACACGGCAGAAGAACCCUACAAAUGUGGCCAGUGUGGCAAGGCUUUUCGUAACCACUCGUUCCUUCUCAUCCAUCAGCGAAUCCACACCAGAGAGAAGCCAUAUAAGUGCAGGGAGUGUGGGAAAACUUUCAGAUGGAGCUCUAACCUCUCUCGACAUCAGAGGAUCCACACUUUGAAAAAACAGUACGAGUACCAUGAAAGUGAAAACCUCACCAGCAUGCAGCCACAAAUCACCCCCGAUGGAAAACCCUUCUGGUGCCAAGAGUGUGGCAAAUCCUUCACCCGGAAGAGGUCUCUUUUAGACCAUAAGGGAAUACACAGUGGAGAGAAACGCUACAAGUGUAACUUGUGUGGGAAGUCCUAUGACAGAAAUUACCGCCUCGUUAACCAUCAGAGAAUCCACACUAAAGAGAGACCAUUUAAAUGCCAGUGGUGUGGGAAAGAUUUCAUUGGGAGACAUACCCUCAACAUCCAUCUGAGAAAGCAUACGCGAGUGAUGCAGGCUGAAUGUGACCUGCUCGGGUUGUCGUCCUCGCAGGACACGGGGUUGAGUUUGCAAGGACUCAAGCCGAGUGGGGAGAAGCCCCUCGAAGCUCGUGAGGAGAGUCGUGAGCAGAGCCCCGUACUCCCUGAAAUCCAGGGCAUGUCCCCCGGGAAGAAGUGCCACAAGUGUAGCACGUGUGGGAAAACGUUUGAGAAGAGCUCACAGCUCACAAGCCACAAGAGAUUCCAUACUCGUGAGAGGCCCUUCAAAUGCAGGGAGUGUGGGAAGACCUUCAGGUGGUCUUCCAAUUUGGCACGGCACAUGAAGAACCACGUCAGAGAUUAGGCUGGAAUGGGACUGGGGUGGGGGUCGGGGCGGGCGCCUCACUGCUGUCCCCAGGGAAGCGUGCUGAAAACUCGUCUGAAUGUGGAGGAUUGAAGAACUCGGGGUGCUGCCUGGCCUGCCCUUUGGGAUGGGAGAUUCUGGGGCAGGGUCAGAACAGGUCUCCGAGCCCUCACGGUGCCCCCUCUGGAGCCAGGUCUCCUUCAGGAGCUCUGAAGGCAGGGACCGUCGCCUUUUGUGGCAGGACAAAAUGUCUGGCUGCUGGGAGGGGCCUGUGGGAUCCUGAGUUUCUUUUUGGAUGAGGCCUGUGGUGUGUCCAUCAGACCGUUCAAGCAGCAGCACUGACCAUUCCCGGGGUACCCAGGUGCCUCCUGGGGAGUCCCAGUGGCAUGAAGUCUGUCGCCUGCACUGCCAGCUCUGCCUGCCUGCCGCCGGCAGAGAUCUGGGUCAAGCAGUGAGUGGGCGAGGGCAGAGUGCUCGGCUCCGUCACCCAGGAACCUCGGAGCUCGGGCCGGAUCAGCCCACAGGUACGGUGGCAGCAGUGGUCUGGCGAGUCCCCACAGAAUACCUCCUGUGUGCCGGGCACUGUGGCAACAGUGACCGGAGCAGGAAAUUUUAUAUAUGUUGUUUUUGGUGUCUUGUAUCUUCAGUUAUAAACAGAUGGACCAAUGAGAUGUCGGGUAUUUGGGGUGGCCCUGUGUAUUCCAGAUGAAAUAAUUCAGAGCAGGGGCCUUUCGGGCCAGAUGCUGGAGAUAGAAUCUGGACUGAUCGCCUCCGGGGGUGUCAGGUAAGCCUUGCGCCCAGCAUGGAACAGAGCCAUCUGUGACAGCAGGGCUCCAGGGACCGUGGAUGGUGCCACACGGCAUUGGGGUCCUCGGUGGGACCGAGCCACCUCCCUCUGUAGGAGAGCUGGAGCUUUGCAGCAGUUUUGACUUGAGGCAGAUACGGUGUGAAUCUGAGUCGCAUUUUCAUGGGUGAAUCACAGCCCUCAGAACUCGGGGAAAUGGCAGACCUGAAAUUCCGUGCAGUUACCCUUCUGCCAAUUUCCGUGAAUGGGGCAACCUUGCUCUAGCCCGAAUUUUCCAAGGCCUCGUGUCGGUUGUCAGCUGGGGCAUGUCCAUUGGGCAGGCCGUUUUUUGACACCCAGAAAUGCCCUUUCUGUUUCCGUCCAGUACUGGUACUCACGUUCGCUCUGAUGGCUGUGGGCACUGGAAGGUUGGAGCAGCAUGUGACAUCCCAUGGGGUGGCCAGGAGCAAGGCGCCAGGACGGGCAUCUCCUGAGGCUCCUCUGGUGCCCGCUCACCUUUGUUCUUGGGACGGUUCUGUCCCCUGGGGUCUGCUACGCCUUUGCCUACGCUUAGCUGUAGCUGCCCACUAUCUGCCGUCAGGCACGCUGCCCCCACUGGCACUACAGGUGACAGGAUGUGGAGUAGAGCCCCGUGCCCCGGGAGGGGCCUCAGAGGACUCGGAUCUGGGUUCGAGGCUCGAUCGUGCCCGUUCUCGGCAGGGAGAUCUUGGGGAUGCUGCCAGCCCUGUGUGUGUGUCCCCGGUGUGAGACAAGGGUGCCCGGCUGUGCUCUGACUCCCAGGGUUAGCGAGUGCAGGUCUGAGCCGAGGCUCUGGGUGGAGGUUCCCACCCGGCACUAGAGCCCUCACGGGCUGCGGCUGUCACAGCGGGCAGGGCUCGACCAAGGGGGUGACAUUUUCCUGUCCUUGUGUUUUACCACUCCUCGUGGUGCCUGGUACCUCAUAGAGUUUCUGCCUCAGUAGGGGUUUUUUAACUGCCAUUUUUAUAAAAUGAAAUAUACUUAUUUUUAGACAUUCCAAUCAAAAUUUAAGGUGUAUGAAAAGUGAAAUGAAAUUUUCCUUUAUAUUGAGGUAAACCGUUAGUAUUUUGGAUUGCGCUGUGCGGUCUGUUCAGUGACUCGAGCUUUUUAAUUGUGUAAAUAACACAUGAUUAUAGAAACACAGCAAGUCGAGAUUAGCUGAAAGGGGAAGUAUGGCUGCUGGGAGUUGACCGCUCGCCCUGGGGACGGGUUAGUGAUGGAUCUGACCUGGUUGCCUCAGGGUUGCCCCUGGCGCUGUCCCUUGGCUGGGAGGCCAGACCGCAGACCGUGCUGGCAUGGGGCCUGCCUUUCUCCUCGCAGCCAGUUUUUUGGGGCCACAGCCCUCCUUGGCCCCUCCCCUGGCCCGCUUCUCACAGUCCUGUAUUUGCUCCAUUAGGUAUUACCUGGGUUCUAGACCCUGUGACCACUGCUGCAAUCACUUAGGAUGAGCACCCCAGGAGUGCUUAUCUGAGGUUCCUGCCGGGGCCCUGGAGGGACGUGUUCCCCGGAAACCAUCCCCAAGCACUCCUGCUGAUUGGGAGCCCGGCUGCCAGUAGGUGGGGGCUCUCUGGCCCCGUGCCUGCCGGUCUGGAGAACACACAGUGGUCCUCGCUGCCCUGCCUCACCCUAACUUACGUUUUUUCGGAGGAGCAGAGGUCAGGGCUGUGGGGUGCCUGGAGGGCCGUGACACCCCCAAAAGGGGAGUAGGAGUUUGGGUCCACUGGCCUGCCUGUGCCUUCAGCCUUCCUUGCUGAGGCCGUAGGCUCGACGGCUGGGACAGCAAAUGAUCUGGAUCAUCUCAUUCAAGUUGGCAAAGAUUUACCAUCCCUAGUUGGGGAAGGGUGUGGAGCAGCGGGAAGGAAAGUCGUGACUGCCGGACCAUGCAAAGUCUCCAGCCUAAAGCUGUGUGUCCUCUGCCGCCCAGCACUUCCGCUCCUGCAUAGACCCCGGAACAGCUUCAUGUGAAGAAGGAAAUGUCUGUGUCAGUAUUGUUGGCAUUAUUGUUUAGGUAGCAGGGUGGGGGUGGGGGGAGCCUUAAAAUUAAAAAAAAAGUUCAUCAGUUGAAGAACAGAUAGAAGGAUUGUUUGGGGGACUUUGGGACAUGAACCGGAGAGCCAGGGCUCUGUCUUCAAUGUCAGUAAAUGCUGUGCUGAGGAAGUUGCAGAAGGCAUAUACAGUUAGCCACUUAUGUAAAGUCAGAAGUCCUGUUUAUGUGGGCACAUUGUUCAAACUUUGUAGUGUUUCACUUUUUCUAUAAAAUGAGAUUGUAUUAUUAACUUCACAGGGCGACUGGGGCCGGGAUAAUGCAUGUAAAGUACUUAGACUAGCUUGCCGGCAUCGGGCGUCGCUGGCAUACAUUAAGCAGUGUUGUUUUGCAUAAUAUAUUUUCUGUGGACUCAGAUUAUAUGAAGUAAAAGUAUAAAACUGUGUAUUGUGGUAUGUGAUGGUCACGCGCUGCCUUCCCAGGGCAGGAGCUGCCGAGGGGCUCGGGGAGGGCACCUGGAGUCCUCAGCUGUCUUCCUUGUUUUUAAAAGUUGGUGAAGAUGGGGCCAGCAUGUUGAUUUGACGGGAUUCUGUGGUGGGUUCUUAACUGUUCGCCUAAGAUAUUUAAAUAAACAUAUUUUAAAGCAUG